AUGGGCUUUGACUCGCUCGCGGCCGUCGAGGCUGUCACCCCGGUCGAUCCGCAGGAAGACCCCAUUCUCUCGUCGCUCCCCGAGCUGCCUUGGGCAGCAGGUUCGUCGACUAUGGGCGGAGCUACUUCUACUUCGGUUGGCAACAACUCGGACUCGGACCAGGAUCCCAAUGAUGAUGCUUCGCUUCGGUCGAGCAACAAUGAUCGGUUCGGUGCGCUGGCAGUCCCGUCCGAGUUUGUGGCUCGGCUCCUCAUUCCAGCCCACUCGGUCGGGUCGGUCAUCGGGCGCGGCGGCGCUUGCAUCAACCUGAUCCGGGAGACAUCUGGCGCGCGGGUGAGCGUGCUCAAGGCCGACCGCAGCUCGCGGCGGUACGGCCCGGCGCCGGAGUUUACGGUUGUCCGGCUGGAGGGCUCGAUCCAGUGCGUCUCGCACGCACAGCAGAUCAUCACCCAUCUCAUCACCGAGCUCGAGCGCGAGCAGGACCUUGUGCUCGCGGAGCGCGGCUCCGAAUCGUUUUCGGAUGACGGGGCCGGCUCGGGCUACUCGGACGACGCGCCGCAGCGGCGCGGCGGCGCAGGCACCAGCGAGGUCGGCGAGCAUGAGUGCCAGCUCAAGUUCCUGGUCCCGGAGCAGUGCUGCGGGCUCAUCAUCGGGCGUGGCGGCUCGGCGAUCCGCGAGCUGGGCGAGACAACGGGCGCGCCGCUGCGGGUCAUCAAGAUGGACCCGCCGACGAUGUACGCCACGCGCGACAUGCAGGGCCCCGAGGUUAUUGUGUCUGCGGUCGGCACGCCGGCGGCGGUCCUCCGUGUCCUUGUCCUCAUUCUCUUCCGCACUGCGUCGGCGCUGCGGUCGGGCGUGGGCCUCUCGCGGCCACGCUACCGCGGUGGCGACCGCGGCGGGCGGGCGUACGGCGGCGACCGCUCACGCUCGUCGCGCUCGUCCGAGGCGUGGGGCGGCGAGUCGCGGCGCUCCGACCGGCGCUCCGGCGACCGCAGCCAGCGUGACCGCUCGCGCGAGGCCGACGCCGACUACGACCAUGGUUAUCCGGCGCGGACCGACCGCGGGCCGACGUCGGCCCACGACUUUGGCGCCAUCAUCACCGAGACCUUUACGCUCCCGCCCGACAAGGUCGGCGACGUUAUCGGCAAGGGUGGCCGUCGCAUCCAGGAGUUCAACCGCCUCUCCGGCGCUACCAUCCACAUCUCGCAGGACAUGGCGCCCGGAACCGACGAGCGCGAGGUCCGCAUCCGCGGCACCGCCGCCGCCAUCGAGCGCGCCCGUGACCUCAUCGCUGAGCAUUUUGCCCGCACUAUGAUGCGCGACAUGGACUCGACCCAGGACAUGCCGCCGGUUUCCGACGAGGCCUCGGACGAGCCCACCUCUACCGUCACCAUCCAAGUCCCCACCGCCACCAUUGGCGGCGUCAUCGGCAAGCGCGGCGUCAACAUCCAGUACAUCCAGUCGGCCGCUGCCACCCGCAUCCACGUCAUCACCGAGGCCGAGACCGGCGUCAAGCGCGACCCACUCGGCUCGGUUGACAUUGAGCUGACAGGCACUGAGCACGGCAUCGCCACCGCUACCCAGAUGAUCUUUGAGUCGGUCGAGCGGACCCGCGCUCAGCAGCUUGCCUGAGCUCAACGCUACGCCACUCUUCUUUCUCUCGCUACUCUCUCCUCUCCUCCCAUUCCCGCUCCUCCCCUCUCUCCCUCCCUCCGACACCUCCCGCCGCAACAAAAUCAUGACCACUGCCUU